CCUAUAUCUAAGACCCUUCUGGGCUCUUUGUCCUAUUCUCAAUGUUAUGAUGGGCUCCCUUGAUAGGAAAGCACAUGAAUUGGUACAAUUCUGAUGAGACUAUCGCGGAUCUGCAAGGUAAGAUGCCCAACCCGUGUCCCCGUGCCCAUCAUCUUAAGCUGCAGGAACUGGACGAGCAUGGGGGAUUGCUGUUUGUCGAUGCGAAGGGUGUCCCCAAGUAUCGCCCGAAUUGGUAUGUGUUACUACUGGAAUCAAUGGGAGGCUAGGCAGAGAGGAGACGACGCUCUCGAUAUUUGGCUACUUUUGUGGUUAAUCCGCAUGCUCUGUUUGAGUAUUAGGGCUAUCUUCAAGGAGUCUUUCUAGUGGUAUACUCCGUGGAUAAGAUAGCUUCAACACUAUGACUU